AUGUCGCUAGAUGCACUUCGUCUUGUCUCUGAAUAUUUGACGCCGGCUAGUCGUAUAAACCUAGCACGAGUUAAUGCCUCCACAGGAGAAGCUCUUUCAAGAUGGGAAGACGUCCAUAGUGUGCUAUUUGACGACACAAAAGUCGUCAUGGCAGGAGAAGUAUUUCGUCAUCAAAUUGAAACUGGAACAGACCUGGUAAAAGAAGUUGACUUUGAUUCCUAUCUACUUUCUGGUUAUAUAGAUGUUUCAAGAGGACUAUUACAUACGCUCAAGAAGAUUUUACGUCAUAUUAUGCCGCUUUCCAUAGAAUGA